CUUUACAAAUCAAAACUUCAGAAUAUCUUCACCCUGUAUGAGGGGUACCUUCACUUUCUCAUUCCUGGCGGCUGCCGCCAUGUAUUGUUGAUCAUAUCUCGCUAUCGACCUGUGUUUUUUUCAAAACGGGUCUCUUGAUUCGUUCUUAUAUGAAGCAUAUGGCGAUUGGCUACCAAAUGACCAACUUCCGAAGAACAUUUGCUUCUUCAACCACAAACUUCGCAUAUAAAAGCAAGCAUUGCUAAUCGCAUCCAGAGGGUAGGAAGUGCUCUACCAAGUUGGAUUGCAUUGCUCAUGUCUCAAACGAAUCGUCACCAUGUCUGACAAGAAACCUCCGACUCCGCUUUCCCCUUCGACAAUAGCUUCUUCCAUUCCGAAAUCUCGACAAGGUUCUAUUGCUUCAGCCUCAUUUAUCCCUCCCGAAAUCGACCAAGAACAGCUCUCUCAGGCGCUUGAUAAGAUCCAUACUUCUGCUAAAGAGAGAGAUGUCCUGACAACAUUUAACGAUCUCGCACCCCCGCCCGACUUGGUUGCUGCUAAUGAAAGCAAAGGGCUUGCGAGUGAUAUCAUGCAAAAUGGGUUGAGUGGCCUAUAUUCUCGAUUUAAAGAGGCAGUGGGGGUUAGCGGGAAGGAUAAAUCUACAGCAACAACACCUACGAAUACUAAGGAGAGGGCCGACCCAAACGAUGGCGACACGGCGUCCAGGAAAAGCUCCAGCACUACUGCUACGGCGUCCAAAGUUUCCACCUCAUUGCUGCGCGCUGAUACCGCAGUCACUAGUUCAACCCUUAGUUCGAAUCUGUCCGACCCGAUGGCAUCUACUGUUUCCUCUGCGGGGGCGGCUAUGACCAGUGAAAGCCAAUCCCAGCAACCUCAGUCGACAAUGGCCUCGUCUGUCACAAACCUAGGUGGUGUCGCUACUUCGAAAUCCGCUUCCUCGAGCCGCCAGAGUAUACCGAAUAUGACAAAGGCAACGGCUACUAUUGCACCAGUACACGUCAGCGCUUUCAAAGAAGUACCUCGUGGCACGUCAACAAAGACUGAGGAUGGUUCGAGUAAGGGAAGUGCUAGGAAAAGCAGUGCUAAGACGAAUGACGGACAGUCCGCUGUUCCAGUCUCCGAUAUGCCAACGUUGCAUGAUAUGCCGGGGAACAAACGCGUUCCCACCCUCGACAAGAUCAACAUCCCUAAUCAUACUUCUAUAGAUGGAAAUAUUGAUUCACCUACUAGUCCUAUAAAGAGGUCAAAUGUUGCCUCUUCCGUUUCUACGGCCCCUAACCAUACUUCAUCCGACUCUUACGUGUUAUCUCAAUCCUCCGGGCCUUCCGCCAAGGACAUGGUUAGACGACCAGCUCUUAUUGACAGGAUCAGUUAUUCUCGGGCUCGCGGAGAUCUCUCAAGGUCCUCAUCCUUGUCACGAGGAACUACCGAGCAUAGUCCUAUAAGCACAUCUGCCCAUAACAGUGUCCAUCAUGAGUCGUUUGCACCAGCCCCUGAGCCCCAGCGGAUGAGAUCGGGCGAGUACAGGAUUCCCGGUACGACCGCGGACGAGGGCGCUCCUGAAAUAGUUAACGCCAAACUUGCCUCUAUGCGAAAACAGGUCUUAAGCAAGGACUUUUGGAUGGCUGAUGAGACUUGCAAGGAGUGUUUUUUGUGUGGUGCUCCAUUCACUGCCUUCCGCCGUAAACAUCACUGCAGAACUUGCGGUUGUAUUUUUGAUAGUGGAUGUACUUCCAUCAUCGGAGGCCAACGAUUUGGUGUCCAGGGGACACUACGUGUUUGUAACCCUUGCCUAAGCAUCAUUCUUCAAAGACAAGACGGGACGUUGUCGGAUGAUGAUUCGGCCGACGACUCGUUUCUUCCAACCAUUUUUCGCUCGAACCAAUCCAAGCGAGGAUAUUCACCAUAUUCGAGGGCCGAUCGAGACGAUGCUAGUUUCUCCGAAAGGACCGAGGAUUUUGACGAUGACAGUAGAUCACUAUCCGCUCCAAUGAUGACGAUUCCCGCCGCCAGACGCAUUGGGGAGUCUUCGAACCGUAACUCGGCCGUAUUAGAGAUUGACGUGCCACAGCUUAGUAGACCAAGCUCGUCUAGAUCUCUCAAGGCAGGUACAUCGGGCAGGCCCCAGUCUUCAGGUCAUAGGCGUCAUCAUUCAAAGCAUAACCUAUGGAAUCGCCUUAAAGCUUCGCCGGAGCAAAGGGCGCCAUUCCGAAAAUCAGUAAGGGAGGAAGCUGGUAGAAGAACGGGUUUACAUGCUUUCCAUGAUGACAAUGUCAUUGAUCCCGAUCUAGCACCAUUUAUGUCGGAUGAAUCUAGUGGCGAUGAGCAGAUGAGCAUCGCUGGAGCAAUGUCGGGAUCAGAUCUCUAUCAACCAGCGACCGAUUCUGAGAGGUCGAAUUUCGGCGCUUAUCUGAACGCCGGAAGGAAACUCAGAAGUCGGGGCCAAAUAGAGAAAAGCAUUAGUGGAGUGAGCUUCACUAGCCGCGGCCUCGACGAAUUUCACCCGAGAUCUUCUAGACGACGAAACUUGAGCAUUGCUAGUGGGAAUCACCUUCGCUCCCCUCGACCCAAAUCGUCUGCACUGAGGGGGCCGACUGGCUCAAGUGAAACUCUCCCAUUAUUUGACAACUCUGGCGGAUCUGGAUUACCACGUCUUACUAGAAGUUCGUCCAUGAAAGGAGAUAAAGAGCCCCGCUUAGAACUCAACCCUGCAAGCCUGUUGCACGUUCGAAAACUUCUACGGCAGCUCCUUCAAGACUCGGAUAUACCAAACGUAACGGCAUGGGAAAAGGCCCUAGUACCAGUACUCUUGAAAUGCACCUCAUCCGUGGAUCCAGACAUUAACGAUGGAGACGACAUUGACAUCCGACAUUACGUCAAGCUAAAGAAGAUACCGGGGGGCAGGCCUAGUGAUACCUGCUAUGUUCCUGGUGUCAUUUUUACGAAAAAGCUUGCAUUGAAGAGUAUGCCGCGCCGCAUGUCUAAUCCUCGUGUCGUAAUUGUUUCUUUCCCAAUCGAAUAUCAACGGCACCAGCAACAAUUCAUGAGCUUACAGCCAGUCAUCGAACAAGAGCGAGAAUUUUUGAAGCAGCUGGUGAAUCGAAUCACUGCUCUGCGACCUCAGCUACUGCUAGCCGAAAAAAGCGUAUCAGGUCUCGCAUUGCAAUUCUUGUCAGACGCAAAAAUUUCCGUAGCGUACAAUGUGAAGCCAUCUGUUCUUUCGGCCGUCUCCAGGUGUUUAGAGACCGAAAUCAUCUCUUCCGUGGACAUGUUGGCGCUUCCUCCGCAUCAGUUUCAGACAGGAAAGAGCACAAGCUACGAAGUGAAGACAUUUGUCAACGAAGAAAUUCCUGGUCGAAAAAAGACAUACAUAUUUUUGUCAAGUAAUCAGGAGGAGCUCGGAUGUACUAUCGCCCUAAGGGGAGCGUCUACGAGCAUUCUUUCAAAGCUCAAACGCAUAACCGAGUUUAUGGUAUACGUGGUAUACAACCUGAAACUCGAGUCCUGCUUGAUGCGUGAUUCGUUUAUUCAGCUUCCUACCAACGAAGAUAUGUCGAGGGAUCCCUCACAACCCGCCGAGGGAAGUAUGAUAUCGUUUGAUACAAGGGCGUCCGUCAUUGACGAUGAUGGACAGAGAAGCGUGCCUAAAUCUUCCCAGGACGAAAUACCUUCGAGUCAAGAAGAGCCUCCUUUGGAGAAAGCGGCCGAAGUGCUACCAAGUGAUACCGCACCACAAGAUCAACCACCCUUGCAACCGGCUCAGCCCAAUGACCGGGUGGUUUCUUUACACGAGUCGCAUCCUCGUUCUGUUCAUGACACCCCAGUUCCAGAGGACACUCCAAUGCCAACGUUCUAUAGUGAUAUGGUGGCCAAGUAUGAGACUAAGAUUCUCUCCGCGUCUCCGUUCGUCAAAUUCGCCCAACCGUAUCUACUUAUGAAAGCUCGGGAACAGGAAAGGAAACUGCUGCAUCUGAAACGAUUACGCGAUCAUGACGUGGUAGAUGAACAUGUGGAUGGUGAAAAAUCAAAUCCUCAAAAGUUCCAGCUCAUUAAGCCACAGAUGGUACUUGAAACUGACCACAAAGCGCCUCGACAAAUGAUGGAAAUACUUCAUGCGGUCCACGACGCUGAGUAUGACAAAGCCUUCUACAAUUAUCAGACCCAGACGCGCCAAUGGGAAAACUACAUCCAAAGCAAUAUUGGUCUAUUCGAACCUUAUGCGCAUCAGAACAUAGUUGUCCUUCAUUCGAUUAUUUGCACUGAAACCAAAAUUCCGUGCUUGGAGCCUACCUUAUUCGCUUUUGGUUUCUAUGAUGAGCACGUCGAUGAAAGCAGCGGCAUGGCCCCCGACUGCACGUUGGGACAAUAUAUCGAGGACGUCUGCUAUAGCGCCGAUACCAAUUGCACGGCUAAUGGAUGUGAUCGCAAGAUGUAUGAACAUCACCGAACGUACGUUCAUGGUGAAGCACGCAUCACUAUCUUCAUUGAGCAGGAUACUAGAGGUAGACUCCGCGGUGAAAAUAUCAUGAUGUGGAGCUACUGUAAACUUUGCAAGCGUGAAACCAGCGAGAUGGAAAUGUCAAAGGGGACUUGGAAAUAUUCAUUCGGAAAAUAUCUCGAACUAUCGUUUUGGAGUAGAGGUACCCAUCUUGUGAAAGAUGAGGAUGCCGAUGGCUGGAAUUGCCCGCAUGAUCAUCACCGAGAUCAUAUACGAUACUUCGGAAUCCAAGACAAGAUAGUUCGUGUUCAUUACGAUCCUAUUGAUCUCUUGGAGAUCAUCGUUCCCCGAGCUAGGAUUACUUGGAAUGUCGAACAUGACCUCAACAUGAAGAAUGAGAUAUUCACCAAUACCCAAGAACGAUGGACCCGGUUCACUAGUUCUGUAAAGGCCAGACUGAAAGUUAUCAAUACCGACAACAUCCUCUCGGAAAAGGCUGAGGCAUGUAAAGGAGAGGUUGAGCGAUUGUCAAAGAGGAUACAGGACGAUCAUACAUCACUUAUCCGGAAACUGCAGGAUAAAUAUAUGGCUUCCAAAUACUACGAGGUCAUUCCAUUUAAUAUCGUUCUUCGAGAGAUGCUCGUCAAGGUAGCCGAAUGGGAUGCCGCGUUUGCGAAAUUUGAAGCCGAUUUUCUACCCUCGGAUAAAGACAUUCGUAGGCUGACAAUGAUCCACCUUCGUAAGAUGUUUACGGAUGAAUCGAAAGAAUCUAAUAACGAGGCAACUGAUAAUGCCGAAGAAGGUACGCAGACGAGCGUACCGGAUAGCGAUUCGAGACCAGAUACUCAGCCAUCAGAACCCGUAUCUGAUUCUUCCCCACUUGACACAAUUCAAGAAAAGACUCCUCUAGACGCUCCGCCUCAAGAAGAAACUUUGGAGCGAGUAGAACCAUUAGAUCUUGCAACGCCGAAGUCACCUGUGUCUACGGAUCCUAUUCCGAACCAGCCAGAGAGCAAAGUCGUAAUCCCGCAAGCGUCACCGCCACUAAAUGCAAUUUCGACCCCAGUGCAGUCACCAGAGCUUGCGUCAAGUUCGGCUGUUGACCCCGCGCCACCAAUGUCGCUUAGUGAGCAAGUGAAGCAAAUUCGCCACCGACAACAGUCUUUGACGCUUGAGAACACAAAUGUAGCGUCUACUCUAGGAAAUGAACAAUCUAAGACAGCCGCAGAACCCUCGAAGAUGACAACGGAACGCGGUUCUUCUCGUAGGAUGGGAAUGAACGUGUCGCCGCCCAUGGUUCGCGCCUUAUCACAUCCAGUGAAUAGUAUGCCAACCCUGCCUCGGAUGCAUUCUACCGUUGUCGGAAAGAAAAUGUUCAGUGCCAACAAGGACAAGGAUAGAGUACCGUCCACCGAAGCACCAGCUGGGAACGAGCUCCGAAAGGUUUCAACAAGUGAAUCGGCUAAAGGGGAUAAGAAACUUUUUAGCAACCUUAGACCUCAUCGUAAAGGAAACUCAUCCUCUAUCCCACGUUUCGUCGGGAAGAAAGACUCGAGGGUUUCAACUAUUCGCAAACAUUUUGAGCAACUUAGUCGAGAAUUUGAAAAAGAACGCGAGAAGGAUCGAGAAAAGCGAAAACAAAAAAUGUCGCACUCGAGGCCUUUCCUUCAGAAUUCCCCGGCAAAGGCCAUAGUUGAGGUCUAUGAAGACGUAGACGAAGCUGUACAGGAAUCAGGGCCUGUUGAAGAUGAACAUGCUGCUGCUACAAGCCUUGUUGAUACCAAGCAUAUCAACAUAGCGGAACCAGCAGAUCCUUCAGCAGAGGUCAAGCCCGAGAAAGAGCGUCAGCAAUCUCCAAAAUAUGAUCUUAAUCAUAUUGAUGAAAUCAUGACAGAAGGCGAGACUGAUGAUCAAACCCACACUGCAAGCCUAGGUGCUACAGAUGACGAACAAGGAGAGAGCGAUAAUGAACCCUCGUUGAUUGACGGUACCACGCUAGAGGAGAUCGCUGAAUCAUUUGACUCCAGCACUGAUAUUCCAAUGGAACUGCCCAAGCAAGACAAGAAUAACUUUAUGAAAGUACUAAACGCGUUUUGGAACGAACGCUCUGCCAGCCAGUGGCCCGCGUUAGAAUAUCCCUUGAAUGCAACCGACCAUAUCUUCUGGGACUCUGAUAUCAUUAUUCGAGAAGAUGAGCCCAGCUCUUUGAUUGCGUUUGCUCUCAGUUCCGAGGACUACAAGGAGAAACUGAGGACCUUUUACGAAAAGAGCGGCAAAGACGACACAGCCUCGACUGGAGUAGAGGAUGACGCCCGAUCUGAGAUGCCCUCGGAUAUUGGAGAAAAUAUCACCGAGGAGCAAUUGGAGAGUAAACUUGUCCACACUACGAGUUGCCACUACAAGUACCAGUUCACCGAAGGGACAGCAAGAAUGUUUGUUAAAAUCUUGUAUGCAGAGCAAUUCGACGCCCUGCGACGAAAGUGUGGCGUCGCCGAUCGUAUUGUUGAGUCUUUGUCGCGGUGUCUAAAGUGGGAUUCUAAGGGUGGCAAGACGAAAUCGGUCUUCCUAAAGACUCAGGACGACCGGCUAGUAAUGAAGUCGUUGUCGCCAGUAGAGACCGCCGCGUUCUUAAAAUUCGCACCGGCGUACUUCAGUUUGAUGGCGGAGGCCCUUUUCCACGACCUACCGUCGGUGAUUGCCAAGAUGCUGGGAUUCUUCCAGGUCAGCAUAAGGAACCCGGUGACAAACACAGAAAUAAAACUUGACUUACUUCUCAUGGAAAACUUGUUCUAUGAUCGAGCGCCUACUAGGAUCUUUGAUCUAAAGGGAUCGAUGCGGAACCGAAAGAUUCAGUCGACUGGCGAACAGAAUGAGGUUCUCCUUGACGAGAACAUGGUUGAAUACAUCUACGAAUCACCACUUUUCGCGAGAGAACACUCAAAGAAACUCCUGCGCGUCUCGGUCUGGAAUGAUACGCUUUUCCUAGCCCGCCAGAACGUCAUGGACUAUUCUCUCAUGAUCGCCGUCGAUGAAACUAAGAAGGAGUUGGUCGUAGGUAUCAUUGACUGUAUCCGAACCUACACGUGGGACAAAAAGCUCGAAAGUUGGAUCAAGGACCGUGGCUUUGCAGGUGGUGGUCGCAAUAAGCCAACAGUAACCAGUCCUAAAGAAUACAAAUCGAGGUUUCGGGAGGCCAUGGCAAGGUACAUUCUCGAGGCACCCAACUGCUGGCACCAGUUCAAUUUGCCAAUGCUUGCGUCGGCGAGAGCACGAGCUGAAGCUAAUGCUGCAGGAAGGGAUGAAGCAGAUGCAGGUGGUGCAUAAAUGGCAUUUGUAUUUUGCGGACACAGUACGAGUGAUGUAUACUAGGGCAUUAUGAAACGAGUUUACGAGGCGUUUACUGAGAGGUUAUAGUACAAUGGACACAACGGCGCUCAGAGGGCAACGUAACUCUUCGAGACAGGGGUGUCAAUGAGGCAUGAGAUGAACGAAAGCAUAAUUUGGGGCAAAAAAGUGAAAAGGCAUUGGUUGGCUUUUGUUUCUUGCUAUUAACAGAUACCCUCUUAAUGACGAACAAUUUAGUCUUUAUCGUGUACUCGGGUCCAAUUUUUGAAGUUAGAGAGCGAAAUAAUUAAAUUUAUUGGCCACA